GGAAUGGAUUUGAAGAUUAAGGCUAUUGAAUAUUUCAGCAACAACAAUAUUUUGAAAGAACUUGAAAAUGCCUUACAACUUAUGUUUCAGGAUAAUGCUUCAGAUCCUUCCGGUUAUUUAGUAACUGCUUUUGAUUAACUAACCUUUUACAGAGCAUGUAUUUUGAAAAAAUAUCCAUAAUUCCGAAAAUUGUUAGCAUCAACUUAGACAGAUCUUAUUCUUGUUUUGGAGGCUUAUCACGUUUUUUGAAUAUAUGUACACUUUGGAGAACAAAUACUGAGGUUACCACUCGAGUAAACUAUGUAUAUGGCUGCAAUCGUUGUGGAAACAGUUUGGAUGAAACAGCACCACCCGAAUUCUCAGUUUGCGUAAAAUCAGUUAUAGACUUACUUAAUAAGUGCAGCUGGUUACCAAUGGAGAUGAUUGAAAUUGAUAAAUUUAUCAGAAACUUUUACAACAACUAUCAAACAAAAAAAUUACAAACUGAACAAAUUGAAGAAACAAAGAGAGAAAUCGAAAAUACUGGUUCCAAUGCCAUUUCGUCAAAAUCGAAAUCAGCACAAAAUUCCAAAAAGAAAUCUACCAAAGAUAUUCUACCGGUUAUUUCAAAUCAACUCAUUUCAUUGGCACCGCUAAUUGCAACCGAUUUAACAUGGUUAUCAAUGAGUUUACAUUUAACCGCAGUGAAAUGUUCUCGACCUCCGAUUAAUUGUCAAGUGUAUAUGCAAUCACUUUAUAAUGAGGUCAUCAAAUCAAUCACAUCUGACAAUAAGCACAAUUCAUCCAAUCACCCAAUCAAUAAUGCAACUCAUUUCAAAAUCACAUGUCCAAUAAUUACCAUACUCAAUUGUCCUGGACGUAUUGGUGCUUUACAAUCUGGGAAAUGUAAAUUUCUACAAGAAAUUCUACUUAUCCCAAGGUCAAAUUUAAAACCAAAAGAAUUACUUGACAACUUGUUCAUGAUUAAAACAAAAUUAUCACAAGUAUUAUUGAACAAGUCCAAUUUAGCGCCACAAAUUAUUUGUGAUAAUGGAGCGUCAAGUGUGAAUAUUGACAAAGUGGAACAAGCACUGGAUUUGCUAGCUGAAUUGUUAGAACAAAUUCAAUUGAAAAAUGAAUUUUAUUUUGGGCUGUAUAUAACACCGAAAGGAAUUUUUGAUACGGUAAAAGAACGUUAUGAGCCUAUUAUAGGCAGUUUAAAAACACCAGAAGAAUUGGUGAAUUAUUAUGUAGAACUAAUUGGAAAAUAUCCACAAAUACGCUUAUUGAUUGAUCCAUUUAGAGCAGAAGAUAAAGAAUGUUGGGCAUUAUUAAAAACACGUAUUACCAAUCCAAUAUGGAUUACAACAAGUACAACGAUUCAACCUGCUAUGAAAGAGUUGUCAGCGAAUCAAUCAAGUUCAAUGGUCACUGCAAAACCUAAUCCGACAACCAUUUCAACAACACCAAUUGAUGAACAAUGCAAAUUUAGUAUACCAACUGGUUUAACUAUAAAUCAGUUAGCAAAUUUACAAGAAAACAUAAUUCAUACUCCUGAUGAUGACGAUGCAUUUGUGAGUAAUGAUGUUGACAUUAUUGAAGAUGAUAAUCAUGAUUUGAAACAAGCUGAAAAUAAUAAUUUAAUUAUUCAUACUGCAGAUAAACAAGAUCUAUGCUAUUCUACUUGGUUAUUUACUUUAGAUACAUGUUUAGAUUGUGUAUUGAUGACAGAAAUUAUUGAAGCAAUUUAUAAAUUACACUCACAAAAUCGAAAAGUGAUAUUCAGUUUGGAUAAUUUACAAAUUAUUGAAGAUUGGCCAAUGGAUAUGGCAAUUGGAUUCGGUAUGGAUUUUAUUAAAAUCACUGGAUUGUACAGGAUUGAUCAAUGCAAUAAAUUAAUCCGAUGGUAUGAAUAUUAUCAACAGUUCAUUGAUCAUCAAUUCGAUGAUGAUGAGCAUUAUUCAAACAAUUCAAUCAAUCAAUGGAAGCUGUAUGAUGAUGAGUCAUUUUAACUGAUGAAAAAGAAACAUUCUUUUUUUUUU